AAAAUUGAUAAAUUCCGUGUUGAAACCGACGCCGCAGUUCAACGCGCAGAAGAAGCCGAGGCUCAAGUCAAAAAAAUCGAACAAGAAUUGACUGCCAAAGAGCAAGAAAAUAUUUCUCUUCAAAAUAAAAUUGCACUUUUAGAGGCUGAAGUUGAACGAGCCGAAAAAAAAAUUUCUGAUUCUAAACUUGCCAAAGAAGAAGAAGAGAACACCAAGAACAUCUCUGAAAGUCUUCAAAGAAAGGUUGCUUUACUUGAAAAUGAAUUGGAUAACACUGAAAAAAAUCUCAGAGAGACAACAGAAAAACUACGUCAAACAGAUGUCAAGGCAGAACACUUUGAGCGCAAAGUCCAACAACUCGAAACCGAAAAAGCAGAAAUAGAAAAACAACUUGAAGAAAUGACUGCUAAAUAUCAAGAAGCCGAGAAAAAAUAUGACGAAGCACUUAAACAACUUGAUGAAUUUUAA